AAACAACAAGCAAGAUGCAUUUCCAGCAUUUUUUCAUCAAUUUUUUUAUUUUUAUUUUAUUUCAAUUUUUUAUAUUCACUAAAAGCUCUGUUCCUACAUUAGCAUGCCUUAGAUGUCACAAUGAGUUUUAUAAAAUCAAGGAUGAAUUUAUAAACCUGUUUGACAAGGGACACAAGCUUGAUGCGAUUGAAUAUUCCAAAAUAGGUUUUAUUAAAAGAUUUUUGGAAAAAAUAUUUACAGUUACCUUUGAGGGCAUUGUUGCCAGUAUGGAAGAGAGGACACUGGAUACCCUCGGGAUAGCUGAAUUGGCCAAGGAGUUUCGAAAAACUAUGAAAACUAUAGCAGAUACUAAAUUUAAAGGAGCCAGACUUCUCAAGGUCAUAGAAUCAAACGUGAAAGAGCUACAACGGAAAUCUGAGAUUAUUGUUCAAACGUUUGAGCAAGAACGUACAUGCCCCAAUGUGAAAGGUGGCUUCAAUUGUGGAGUUCUUGAGCAGAAAGUCAUUCAAUGCGGCACAUGCAAAGAGCAGACUCUGGCGUGUGUCGGGGGCCCCAAAGAGAACAAAUGUGACGAAAUUGUGUCCAACUGCGUGAUGUGUGUGUGUUAUGGAAAAGUAUGUCAACACAGAACAACUAAGAAACCAUGCCAUGCUUGCACGGAAUACCACAAGUGCCUCAAUGAGGUGCUGCAUUGUAAAGAUCAGGAUAUCCAAGCUGCUGAAGGUGAAGAUGUAAAGUUUGACUGCAACGUGAAGUUUCUAGACAGCAUUGGUGGAAAACUUGAAUUUGUUUUAGAAAAGAAAGAUGAAGUGGGCGUCUUUCCCUUGAAGACUUUCAACAAACCACAAAUUCAUAUAGAAAAAGCUGGCAAGGAGCUUUCAGGUCGUUACACCUGUACAGCAAAGACCAAAGAUUCAAUGUUUCCAAUAAGCAGAGUGGAUUUUACAGUAAAAAUUGUGAGCCCACCAAAACCCCAAUCUCUGGACUCAUCAGUUCCACUUCCUGCUGAAGAUAUGAAAGAUACAUUUAAAGAUAACCAGUUGGCACAAAUCACAGUGAUAUGUGCUACUGUUAUCUCAUUGGCGAUCACUGCAUCAAUAAUGAUUUGCAUAUGUUUGUUAAUAAGAGAAAGCAACAGAGAAGAAAAGGCUUCUGUCCAGAAGGAACCAACGGAACUGGAAGAAGUGAAGAUCUCUAUGGAUAUUGAGAAGAGCAAGCCGGACACUAGACAAGAGGCAACACAAACAGAUGGCUGAGGGCAACAGAUAUUCCGUUCCCCUAUGGCUGUAACCCAAGGUCAUUCUGCCCUGAAUACUUACACAGCGCUCCCUCUUUAUACCUCCUUAUUAACAGCUACUGUUAUAGAAGCUGAUGUUAUUUAAAGGCAUUUGCCAAAAUAACGAAUCAGUUGGUGAGGAAGGGCGAUAGCGGGAUGGUCGGAGGGUUGGGGGUAUAAAGAGGGAGCAGACGCUGCUAUUGUGUAUUCAGAAGAGAGAUAUUUUGAUUAU